CCCCAGGGAAGAUUUCACACCUCACAAAUCCAUAACCAUGGCGUCCAGUUAUUGGGAUUCGACACAGCGGAAAUUCUGGACUUUCAGCAAGCAGCAGUUGAAUGCAGAGCGGAAAAAGGUGGAAGAGGCGGAGAGGAAUUUGGUCAACGCAUUCCCGCUCCCUGAUCGACGGCUGCUCAGCAUCUACUUCUCUCAUCAACUCUCCAAAAUGGCCAGGCCUCUGGGUAUUCGACAGCAAGCAUUGGCUACAGCACAAGUUUAUGUGCGCCGGUUCUAUCUCAAAGUGGAAAUACGGCGGACGAAUCCAGCACUGGUACUUGCCACGGCUCUGUAUCUGGCAUGCAAGAUGGAAGAAUGUCCACAGCAUAUCAGAAUGGUGCUGGCAGAGGCUCGACACUGUUGGGAUACAUCAUUCAACGACAUUUCCAAGAUUGGCGAGUGCGAGUUCACAUUGAUUUCAGAGAUGAAUUCGCAACUCAUCAUCCACCACCCAUACCGCAGCCUCACGGAACUGCAGAACCAAUUCCAGUUGACGCAGGAGGAGAACGCUCUGGCAUGGUCGGUCAUCAACGACCACUACCUGACGGACCUUCCCCUUAGCCACGCUCCGCACGUAAUCGCCAUCACGGCCAUGUUCCUGGCGGUGGUGCUCAAACCGACGCAGGGUGGACUCCAGGUGCACGCUGCAGGGGUUGCCAAUGCGCUGCAAGCACUGGGGAACGCGCGCGGGGGAGCAGGACAGGCGACGCAGAACCGAGUGCAGAAGCUGGUGGACUGGCUGGCAGAAAGCAGCAUUGAUAUGGAAGCAGUGGUGGAAUGCACGCAGGACCUCAUAUCGCUCUACGAGGUAUGGGAAUCGUACAGCGACAGGACAUGCAAGGAUCAGAUUGCCAAGUUUGUGAAGGCGCGGGGAUUGGACAAAUAG